GGGCAGAGAGCAUCAUGGGGGAAGGCUUGGAGAGCUAGUGAGGCUUGCUGGAGAAAGCAGCUGAUUGUAGCUAAUGACCAAAGGGCAGGGUCAAAGGGGCAGGUGGUAAUCUGGGAAGGAGGGGACAGACUGGAAAAUACUUCAUCCGAGGUGUCAUGCUUAGGAAUUUGUACUUUAUCCUGAAGGCUACAGGACAACCCAGUAAAGCGUAUUGCUCGGAAAAUGGCAUGGAUGGAGUUUCUUUUCAGGAAGAACACUCUGACAGCUGCAUGGAAGCCCAGACACCAGGAAAGCCUCAGAUUAGAAGCUGGCGUCCCGGAGCAGUGCGAGGCUGCCCGGUGCCCCGAGGAGGCUGCUGAGCCCCAGGCCAUGGUCCCCUCUCGCAGGACGUGGAACCUGGGAGCCACGCCCUCGCUGCGGGGCCUGUGGAGAGUGGGCCGGGCCCCGGAGCCCGAGCCGGGGAUGGCUCGCCCCGCCCCAGCCCCAGCCAGCCCGGCCGCCCGCCCUUUCCCACACACCGGCCCGGGGAGGUUGAGAACUGGGCGUGGAAAAGAUACCCCAGUCUGCGGUGACGAGGACUCCAGUGCCCGAAGUGCAGCUCGCCCGGCCCUAGCUCAGUGCCGAGCCCUUAGCGUGGACUGGGCUGGCCCCGGAAGCCCCCACGGGCUCUACCUGACCCUGCAGCAGGCCCUACAGGACAAGGGGUGCAAGAGCCAGAGUCAGGGGACGAAAGAAGAGAAGCUUUGGAAGAGACAGGCACCGGCCCCCAGGCGGGCCCGGGAGGCCCAGGAAGCUGGUGGCACCAUGAAUGUAGAGAAUACAGGUGGGCGUCUCUUUGGCAGCAGGAGGUGCUUGAGCCUGUCAGGGCCACCAGGUGCGGCCCCCGUGGUGCAUAGGAUGGUGGAGGCCAUGUCCCAGCUCCAGGAGGAGAAGGCCCAGCUACAGGAGGAGCUGGUGGUCCUACGGGAGAGGCUGGUCCUCCGCGACAGUGACCAGCAGGUCACAUCCACCCAGCUGCAGAACCAGGUGGAACACCUGAAGGAGAAGCUCAUUAGCCAGGCCCAGGAAGUGAGCCGACUGCGAUCUGAGCUGGGGGGCACCGACUUGGAGAAGCACCGGGACCUGCUGAUGGUGGAGAAUGAGCGACUGAGACAGGAGAUGCGGCGCUGCGAGGCCGAGCUGCAAGAGCUACGUGCAAAGCCAGCAGGUCCCUGCCCAGGUUGUGAGCACAGCCAGGAGAGUGCCCAGCUCCGUGACAAGCUGUCCCAGCUGCAGCUGGAGAUGGCGGAGAGCAAAGGCAUGCUGUCAGAGCUGAACCUGGAGGUGCAGCAGAAGACUGACCGGCUGGCUGAGGUGGAGCUGCGGCUCAAGGACUGCCUGGCUGAGAAGGCACAGGAGGAGGAGCGACUCAGCCGGCGCCUGCGUGACAGCCACGAGACCAUUGCCAGCCUGCGGGCCCAGUCCCCACCUGUCAAGUAUGUCAUCAAGACAGUGGAGGUGGAGUCGUCUAAGACCAAGCAGGCCCUCAGUGAGUCCCAGGCCCGGAACCAGCACCUGCAGGAGCAGGUAGCUAUGCAGAGGCAGGUGCUGAAGGAGAUGGAACAGCAGCUGCAGAGCUCACACCAGCUGACCGCGCGGCUCCGGGCGCAGAUUGCCAUGUACGAGUCAGAGCUGGAGCGGGCCCAUGGGCAGAUGCUGGAGGAGAUGCAGUCCCUGGAAGAGGACAAGAACCGGGCCAUUGAGGAGGCCUUUGCCAGAGCCCAGGUGGAGAUGAAGGCUGUGCACGAGAAUCUAGCAGGCGUCCGGACCAACCUGCUGACCCUGCAGCCAGCACUGCGGACCCUCACCAACGACUACAACGGGCUCAAGCGGCAGGUGCGCGGCUUCCCGCUGCUGCUGCAGGAGGCCCUCAGGAGUGUCAAGGCCGAGAUAGGCCAGGCCAUCGAGGAGGUUAACAGCAACAACCAGGAGCUGCUGCGCAAGUACCGCCGUGAGCUGCAGCUGCGCAAGAAGUGCCACAACGAGCUCGUGCGGCUGAAAGGGAACAUCCGAGUGAUUGCUCGUGUCCGGCCAGUCACCAAAGAGGAUGGGGAAGGACCUGAGGCCACCAAUGCUGUGACUUUCGAUGCCGACGACGACUCCAUCAUCCACCUGCUGCACAAGGGAAAGCCUGUGUCCUUCGAGCUGGACAAGGUGUUCUCCCCACAGGCCUCGCAGCAGGACGUGUUCCAGGAGGUGCAGGCCCUGAUCACCUCUUGCAUCGAUGGCUUCAAUGUCUGCAUCUUUGCGUAUGGCCAGACGGGUGCCGGCAAGACAUACACGAUGGAGGGGACCCCCGAGAACCCAGGUAUCAACCAGCGGGCCCUGCAGCUGCUCUUCUCCGAGGUGCAGGAGAAGGCGUCUGACUGGGAGUACACCAUCACCGUCAGCGCCGCGGAGAUCUACAACGAGGUCCUCAGGGACCUGCUAGGGAAAGAGCCUCAGGAAAAACUGGAGAUCCGGCUAUGCCCAGAUGGCAGUGGGCAGCUGUAUGUACCAGGGCUGACUGAGUUCCAGGUGCAGAGCGUGGACGACAUCAACAAGGUGUUUGAGUUCGGCCACACCAAUCGCACGACGGAGUUCACCAACCUCAACGAGCACAGCUCCCGCUCGCACGCGCUGCUCAUCGUGACGGUGCGAGGCAUGGACUGCAGCACGGGCCUCCGCACCACGGGGAAGCUGAACCUGGUGGACUUGGCUGGCUCCGAGCGCGUGGGCAAGUCGGGGGCUGAGGGCAGCCGCCUGCGGGAGGCACAGCACAUCAACAAGUCGCUGUCAGCUCUGGGGGACGUCAUUGCUGCCCUGCGCUCCCGCCAGGGCCACGUGCCCUUCCGCAACUCCAAGCUCACCUACCUGCUGCAGGAUUCACUUAGUGGUGACAGCAAGACCCUCAUGGUGGUACAGGUGUCCCCUGUGGAGAAGAACACUAGCGAGACGCUCUAUUCCCUCAAGUUUGCUGAGCGGGUGCGCUCUGUGGAGCUGGGGCCUGGGCUACGCAGGGCAGAGCUUGGGUCCUGGUCGAGCCAGGAGCAUCUAGAGUGGGAGCCGGCUUGUCAGACGCCACAGCCCUCAGCACGGGCCCACUCAGCCCCCAGCUCUGGGACCAGUAGCCGCCCUGGAUCCAUCCGGAGGAAGCUGCAGCCCUCGGCCUGACGGCUGGGGCUGCAGCCUCUAGGGAAGUCUCGGCCACUGCCUGUGUGACGGAUGUGACCCUGCUGGGCCUGGAGCUGGGCCCCGAGGCCUCACUGGCCUGUUCCUGCUGCAGCGCCAGGACCCCCGGAGGUGGAGGCAAGAGUGAAGGCUCCUCUUCUGCCCCGUCUCCCCUCAGAGAUGAGAAACAUGUUCAGAAGGAAACGGUGUCUCUCGGCUGUGGCUCUGGGUGCAAACUGCAUGGGCGGAAAAGCGGGGGUGGCUGCUCUUCCUGGCGGGCCUGGGCUGUCAGUGAGCUGGGCCCCGUGAGGAGGGCAGGAGAGUGGAGGAGGGCGGGCCUCUCACCCAGGCUGCCCCAGCUCCUCUCCUCAGCUUGCAGGACUGGCCAACCCCCUCCUUUGUGGGUGGGCAAGGAGCCUCCUGGCAGGCUCAAGAACCAUGCGGACUGGGGUGGGUUGGUGGCACCAAGGGCAGCCCUCCCCGCCCCUCUCCUUCAAGGAGGGGUCCCGCAGCUGGGGUGUGUACAGAGGCGCACGGCCUCCUGCCACGGGGCUGUGCUGUAUUUAUGGCUGACAGAGGCAGCCAGUGGGUGGGGGAUUCUGCUGCUCCCUCACCUGCCUGGCUCACUGGUCUCUUGAAUUUUCUUCCCUCUGAAAUCCUAUUUAAGAACUUUUGGAAGCUUAGCCAUUUUUACUUAUUAAAAUAAAAGCCUUUUUACACAA